GCCCGUCCCCGGUGCCCGUCCCCGGUUCUCAUUCCCAGCCCGAGUUCCCGAGUCGGGGAGCGCACGCGCGUUCGGCACCCCCGGUGCCCCCGGCUUCCCCGGUUCCCGGUGCCGGUACCGGCCCCGCCAUGCCCUCCGCGUACCCGCAGCGAGCCCUGACGGUGCUGCUGCUCUUCGGGACCCUGUCGGCCGCCAUGGCGCUGCUCUCCUCCAGCCUCAUCUUCCAGCUGCCCUCGGGCCGCGCCGCUCCCGGCGCCGGCGCGCUCCCGGAGCCGGUGGCCGCCGCCGUGCUGCCGGUGUCGGCCGUGCUGGCCGCGCUCUGCCUGGUGCUCAACGUGAGCUGCCUCCUGCUCUGCCUCCUGCACGGCUACUUCAGCACCGAGCUGGGCCGGGGGCAGCGCGGGGCCGAGCGGGCUCUCUGGUUCCUCCUGGACAGCCGGAGCGUCCGGCACGCGGCCAUCGGCCUCUUCUGCUGUGGGCUCUGCCUCUACCUCACAGCCCUGGCCCUGUCCAUGCUGCUGCUGUUCCAGCUGGAGGCCGGCGUCGCCAGCGCCUGCAUCCUGACCUCUGGAGUGCUGCUCCUGCUACUCUCCCUGCUCCACGCGCUGCUCCGCGCCUCCCGCAUCUCCCAGGGCUCGGAGCCUCCCCAGGCCCUCUACGAGAACGACUCUGCCCAGCCCGGCCCCGGCACGGCUGCUGCUCCCCGGCCCUGCCGAGAAAUCCACCGGGAAUUCUCCUUCCCGCCCUCCCUGGAGCGCAAAUCCCGGCCGGGCUCGGCCUCCAGCAGCAACCCGAGCUCGGGGAGCAAGGAGUUCCCAAAGGAAUCCCAGUGGGAAUUGUCCAGGAGCAAGGAGUUCCCAAAGGAAUCCCAGUGGGAAUUGUCCAGGAGCAAGGAAUUCCAAUGCCAGGACUGGUCCAGGAACACAGAAUUCCCCAAGGAAUCCCACCAGGAAUUGUCCAGGAGCAAGGAGUUCCCAAGAGGACCCCAGUCCCGGGACUGGUCCCGCACUCACAGGACUCUUCUGGAUUCAGGGCUGCUGCAGGAGCAGCGACAUCCCUGGAAUGUCACCAGCAGGGAGAUGAGCAAUGUGAUGUCCCACAGAGCCACCAAGGACUCCACGCUGGUCUGAGGGAAACCCAGGGGUUUUCUAGAGGAAGAGUUGAUGGUUUUUCAUGGUUUUGGGUUUUGUUUUUCCUGGAAAAAUUCCUUUAUCCACAGCCAAAACCCCAGUGCUGCCUGCCUGGGAACCCAAAUCCAUCCCAGCUGAGGGAGAGGAUCUGGGGAGCAGAAAUUGGGAUUUUCACCAUUUCAGCCUUUCCCAGCAGAUCCCGGCUGAUCUCCCUUCUCCUUCCUCCCCGCUCCAUCCUCAUCCUCAGCACUGGCAUGGAUGGGGGAUUGGAGUGGGGGAAACCCAGUUUGGGGUGGGGGAA